AUGGUUUUAUUUCUUCUCCCUGGUCUUAGGCCACAUUGGAAAAUUGCCCAAGCAAAUAUUGAAAAACAAGAACUAUUCACUCCAAAGAAAACUGUUGGAGAUUCUGGAAGAAAAUUCCCUCUCCCACCUCAUAUCCUCCCUCGCCUUAACCUCCAUAACUCUUGCAAUUCCUUCCCAUCAAAUUCAUCUUCCGCACCGUCUCUUCUUCCAUCAUUAAUGGAAGAUUCUCCGACUUCUUUACAUUCAGCGGAUUCUGGUUCUUGGUCUGGUAAGAGACCAGCGGAAGGAACGGCAGACGAAAGACCAGGAAAGAAGGCGAAGUACGGCCUUGCCAGCCAUAUUGGUUUUGAAGAGAGAGAAACAGACGCAGACGACGAGGAUUCAGACUUUGAUUCUGCGGAUACACCAAGUGAUAGAGAAGAGGAAAUUACAUGGGUAGCUCCUCCAGCAACCGUCCCAGAACCGAUUGCAGAACCAAGUGUAGCUAGUCCGUUCGCUUCACCUUCACCUUCCAAUCCCGAAUCAGAAUCCGAUUUCUCUGAUACACCGAGCUCGAAGAGAAGAGCACUUACGCCACCAUCACCAACUCCAGAGCCUGUUGUCAAGACCGCAGCAAAACCAAUCCCAGCAACGGGUCGUUGGGAUUUUACCCUUACGGCAAAACAAGCAGGUUACGUUUAUAACCCGAGGAAAUCCAUGACCGAUCUGAGUGAUCGUUUCGCUACGCCUUCAGACUCUGAUAAUACCCUCCAUACAGACGAUAGCGAAUCUGAUUUUAAUUCUACACCAAAUCGCUCUUCGUCACCAGCGCGCGCACGUGCUUCUUCACCUUCACCUUUACCUCUACCUUUACCUCAGUGGAAAUAUCAUUACAAUCCUAUCGAUCGAAAUAAUCCCACCACUCCACCUUCCAUCGGAACAAAACGCAAAAUGGAACAAGCAUAUGCCGAAUGGCAUCAAGAAGAAAUGGACACACCUAGAGCACCAUCAUAUUCUCCCAUCACUUUACCAGCCGAUACACCACAAUCGAUUGAUCUCAACGAAGUGGAAUCUGGACCUGCAAAAUAUGAUUCGCCGUCGCAACAAGAAAACAUCGAACCUUCUCGCGCACCUUCAUAUUCCCAUCAUACUAUUUCCUCAUCUUCGCCUCAAACCCACUCCUCACCAUCCAUCCCCGAAACCACCAUCUUCCCCACCGAUCUCCCUUCCCCCUCCGUUCCAUGCCGUUUAGAACCUCACUCGCCAAUUCUCGAUCACCUCACUGCGCAAUAUAUUGCUCAAGGACCUCAUCCACAAGUUUCCCACGUUAAUCACGCAGCUGUGAAUCAAAGAAAUGCGUCUCAGAUAUUGAGCAAACAUCAAGAUGAUCGCGCGCCGUUUGUGAGAGCUGCAAGUCGGAGACUACAGGCGGUGGUGGGUGUGAGAAAUGAUUUGCCGUUUGACUUGUUGAUGGGGAUGGGGAGGGAUGAUGCGUGUAAUUUGGUUGUGGGGAGGGAGGGGACGUUGGUAGAUUUGGGACUUAAGGGUUUGGGGAGAGAGGAGGGAGUGAGGGGAGGUGGAAAUGAAAAUGGAGAGGGAGAGGAUCUUGCUGAGCGAGAGGAUGGUGUUAUGAGUGAAGACGAUGUUGGAAAUGGUCGGGAAGAUAUGAGCACGAAUAUGCAUAUGAACACGAACACGCAUGCAAAGGAAGCAUAUAAUACGAAUACCACAGCACAAUAUCUCCAAGAUAUCCGCGCUUCGUUCGACACUCUUCGUUCUUCCUCCAACAACCCAUCUCAUCCUUCUUCUUCCCACCAUCCUCACCACCAAAAAACAGCACGACAAUCAACCACUUCCAACCCAACCCACGAAUCUCCAACUCCAACACAAACCACCUUCUUCCCCCCCUCAGUCAACCCCCACACCGGCGAAGGACUCCGCGCAUAUCUCCUCUCCCGCGCUUCCAUAACCGGUUCCGUUAAGAGAGAAUGCAGAAGUAUAUCGUUUCAUGAUUUCACACCGAAUGUACGAACGGGAGAGUUUAGAAAUCAGUUGUUGGUCCAUUUUGGGGUGGAUGGGAUGUCGAGUUGUGAGAGGGUGGAGGUUAUGGAGUUGGGUUUACCCGAUAUAACCGGUACCCUCCACCCCUGGCUCUCAAUCUUCAUCCAACGCCCCCUCGUAACCACCAGCAUACCCACCACCUCCACCUCCACCACCUCCACCACACCCCCCAAUUUCCCCAAACCCACCCCCACAACCUGGCUCUGCCUCGCGGUCCCCCUCUCAAAUGUAACCACCUACCCCAUCCAACCAGACACCUCUCUCCCCCUCUCCCUCCUCGAACCCACCUUCUCCCACACCCAACGCGGUCUCCCCACCAAAAAGAUCGCCAAACGUCAAGACUACGAUUUCUCCUUCCAAGGCGUCCCCAUCUUCGAAUUUUCUACCCGGACCCUCUUUCCACAGCCCGAAAAUCAAAUUCCCUUUUCCAACACCGCGCCCACUGGGGAUUUUCUCUCCGUCGAGGUACCUCGUCCUUACGAUCCAAGUGACCCCUAUCAUCCCUUUCCAGCACAGGUAUCCCAGAACCCGGGAUUGCUACAGCGGGAAACAAGGAAAUAUGCACGAGAAGCGGGAGUAAAAGGAGAGGAAUUACAUACCUAUGGUGAUAUGAUAACAGAUGAGAGCGGAGUCGAUAUAAGCGAGGAAGUAUCUCCCAAUGAGGGAAUCUGGUGGUGUGAAUUUUAUCGAGGAAUUACUCGAGAUAGGAUUCGUUGGGAGAGAGUUAAGAGAUGCAUGGGAAGGGGGAGAUGUAGAGUUGUCCUGAGGUGGCAGGAUGUACCUGAUGAGAUGAAGAGAUUGGGUGGUCGUUCGAGUUCGAGUUCGACUUCUAGUUUUAGUUCUGCGACCGGUGUGGGAGUGAGUGGAAGAAGUAGUGAAGCGGAGAGAAUCAUGCAGGAGAUGAGUAGGGAGAAUACAGGGGGGAUAGGGAAGAAAAGAAGGGGAAAGAAGAGUUUACAAACGAGCCAUGCGAAUACGAUUUCGUGUUCGAGUACGAGAUUGGGAUUGGGGCUGGAUGCGAAUGUGGGGAGUCAUUCAUAUUCGCAUAUGCGAUCGGGAUCGAGUGAUGCAAUGCGAGAGAGUUUGCGCGCGAGAGCGAUGGGGAAUCGGAUGAGUUUUAACGGAGGGGUGUAG